AUGGCUUAAGAUUAGCGAUCUCCUUUUGAAUUAAGAAUCUGGCACUUCUAUACUAAAGAAGAGAAAUCUAUAUCUCUUCUAAAUGCUUAUAAUUAGAGAGUGAUAUUUUCAGAAGAUAUCAAAUCUUUCCUUUUUAAGGAUAGAUUAAAUACAUUGACAUAUUUGGGAUUUCCAGUUGCCUGUUAUGCUCUCUUUCAUAUAGUGGAGCCUUGUAGCCAUAUAUUGCUACAAAGUAUUCAGUAUCAGCAUAAAGAUUGAUUCUUGCAGCUAUAUCAGGCGUUCUUUGGUUAGACUGGUUACAUUUUAAUCCAUUUUACUAUGCCUUAUAAAAGUAAUGAGAAUUGUUGAAAGAUUAUCAUAGUGAAAAAUUAAAUUUGUUAAAUUUAAUAGUAAGAAGAGUAGGAUUAAAUAGGAAGGCAUUAAAUGAAUAAGUACCUCGUACUUGGACAACUUAAGAUAUACAUAGAUAAAUUAGAGAGUCUUACAAUAAUAGACAUGGUUUCUUUACUAAUAUCUUUUAUCCAUGUGAGGAAUGA